GCGACAGGAGACGCAUCUGGCUCUGCCUGCCUGUGCCCACUGCUGGCAGUUGGAGUCACCCCACGUUGUUCUAGGACUGGGGACCAGGUUCCUGUCGCUCUCUACUCCCAGAGAGUUCCCAAAUUCAACACCAGAUACUUCUGCAAGGCAGAAGCACAGAUUCAAACAUGAAUUUUACUGGAAAAGGAAAGACCACAGAAGGAAAAGGCUUAACAGGCUACCCUCUUGCCAGGAAGGUUUCCCUAGAAAAUCCUUCUAUGCUCCUUCCCUCCAAGCCAUUGCCUCCCAUCCGGAAGAGCUCUCCUUCUACCAAGCCAAACAAGAUGUGCAGCGGAGAGCAGGAGAAUGGGAAAAAGGGCAUCGGCUCAGCUGAUGACAGUAGAAAAAGCCAGGAGCUGAGUUCAGAGGGAAAAAGACAUAAGGCUUCCUUGCUGUAUUCCAGUGGUGGGAACAUGAAGAAGGGGUCGUUGGGACCACCUUUGAUUCCCCCUAUACACAAGGCAGUCAGUCCCCAUGUUGGCAGUGCUGCAGGGUCUCUGAGCAGCUCUCUGCAGCUGGAUGUCCAAGAGUCCCAGGAGAUGAGGCCAAGAACCAGCAGCAGAAUGAAAGAGAAGAACUCUGAACAUGCAGGCCUGACCGGCAACACUAUUGCCAAGAGGUCUUCCCAGGGAAAUCCCUCUAUGAUCCUUCCCUCCAAGCCAUUGCCUCCCAUCCGGAAGAGCUCUCCUUCUACCAAGCCAAACAAGAUGUGCAGCGGAGAGCAGGAGAAUGGGAAAAAGGGCAUCGGCUCAGAUGAUGACAGCAGAAAAAGCCAGGAGCUGAGUUCAGAGGGAAAAAGACAUAAGGCUUCCUUGCUGUAUUCCAGUGGUGGGAACAUGAAGAAGGGGUCGUUGGGACCACCUUUGAUUCCCCCUAUACACAAGGCAGUCAGUCCCCAUGUUGGCAGUGCUGCAGGGUCUCUGAGCAGCUCUCUGCAGCUGGAUGUCCAAGAGUCCCAGGAGAUGAGGCCAAGAACCAGCAGCAGAAUGAAAGAGAAGAACUCUGAACAUGCAGGCCUGACCGGCAACACUAUUGCCAAGAGGUCUUCCCAGGGAAAUCCCUCUAUGAUCCUUCCCUCCAAGCCAUUGCCUCCCAUCCGGAAGAGCUCUCCUUCUACCAAGCCAAACAAGAUGUGCAGCGGAGAGCAGGAGAAUGGGAAAAAGGGCAUCGGCUCAGAUGAUGACAGCAGAAAAAGCCAGGAGCUGAGUUCAGAGGGAAAAAGACAUAAGGCUUCCUUGCUGUAUUCCAGUGGUGGGAACAUGAAGAAGGGGUCGUUGGGACCACCUUUGAUUCCUCCUAUACACAAAGCAGUCAGUCCCCAUGUUGGCAGUGCUGCAGGGUCUCUGAGCAGCUCUCUGCAGCUGGAUGUCCAAGAGUCCCAGGAGAUGAGGCCAAGAACCAGCAGCAGAAUGAAAGAGAAGAACUCUGAACAUGCAGCUUCUUCAGAGUCUACGGCACAAACCCAGAGGACAAAGGGAAAGAGCCCUUGGUGUGUGAUAGGACCUGGGAUGCCUCUGUUCCCAAGGAAACUUGCUGAAUUGUUCAGCAUGGAGACCUAUGUGCGGAACCCCGGCGUUGGGAAUGGAGGUCUGGGCUCCCGGCCGGCUCAGGGGGACUUGGCCCAGGAGCCACGGCAGAGGCAGCUGAGCAGCGCUGGCCCCAGGGUCACUGCCAGGGAGGAGGACAAGGGGAAGGCCCAGCAUGGCUCAGCCUCACACAGAGUACUAGGCCACCCAUUGAGCCAGGCCAAGGAGCCGGAUCAUCCCAGCAGUCCUGGUCUUACGAGUGACCUGAGGGACGGCUUUGGAAAGAUUCGUGCUGCGUUGUGCAAGUUGGCUGUAAAGAACUUAGAGCCAAAGGAUGUGGAGGUUUUUGAGAAAGAGAUGAAGAAAAGGAGAGAAGAGAAAAUAUCCUUGCAGCUGCCUCCACAAACAGUUGAGACCAGGGAUGCAGCUGAAGCAAGCUUUAGCCUACCACCUGUCAACGACACACCUUCCAGUGUGCAGAGAAAACACCCUGGUAGUGCCUUGAAGAAGAAAGUCUUGAGAAAGCAGGACAAAGUCCCCUUACUGCCCGGUAUGUCCAUCAUCCAUGAGGAAGGCAGUGUCCCAUGCAACUCCUCAGUGACCUCGCAGACGGCCACUGGUUCCCAGCGCCGAGAGGAGCUGCUCCGUGGGCACGGGCACAAGGACACAGCCUGUCCUGACCCACAGCAGUCCCUGCUCCAGGCACUCUCCCUGCUCCGCAGCGAUGACUGGGAGAUGAAGGAGAAAGGACUUGUCAGCCUCAAACACCUGGCUGGGUGCCAUUCAACAGUCCUGCUUUCAAGACUUCGUGACAUUUGCUUGGCAGUUACCAACGAGGUGACCAACCUCCGGUCAAAGGUGUCCCACUCGGCCAUUGUCACUCUGGGGGAGUUUUUUGCCAUCUUGAAGAAGGACAUGGACCCUGAGGUGGAUGAGGUGGUUCGGGUCAUUCUCCAGAUGCUGCGUAACUCCCCAGAGUUUGUUGAGAAAGCAGCCAGUCAGACCCUGGGGAUCAUGGUGGAGAAUGUGACUCCUGCACGAGCAAUGACUGCUCUCCUGGACAGUGGAGUCAAGAGCCGCCACGUCCAGGUGCGGAAGUGUGCGGCUGAGCUGCUGCUGUCCUUGCUGGAGAAAAUUGGAGUCACGGAGCUCGCAGUAAAGCAAUUAAGUGAGAAUGGUGCUUCUGAAGAUAACAGAGCCUUUGCAAAAGACACUGGAAGCAGUAAUGCCAAGAACAUUUCCAAAAAUGCAAAAGAUGUCCAAGAGAUAGAAGAGCAGAAGGGAGAACGCCCAUCUGUCAAGAGCCCUGUGAAAAAGAGGAGUGAUGGCUCAAAGAAGCCCCAGGCCACAUUGUCUUCUAGUCAACGGUUGAAGUCGACCUCUGAUGGACGCCUCCUACACCGUCCAAAAGCCCAGGUCGCAUUACCUCCAGCCAUGGAUGAAACAGAGACCCUCCAGAAGCUUUACAACCUCCUGGAAGCCAAGGGGUUUGAGACACGGAUGGAAGGAGUGGCACUCCUCCUAGACCUGUGCAAAACCAGCCCCAAGCUUGUCGCCACUAACAUUGUCCAAAUUUUUGAUUAUUUUGUCCUGAGAUUAUCUGACACGCACAAGAGAGUGAAGCAGAUGGCACUGGACGUGCUGGCAGAAAUCAUAGUCAUCCUGGAAGAUGCCAUGAACCCGGUGAUCAUACGUUUGGUUGAAGGAAUUACAAGAAACCUGAACUCAAAGGACCCCGGGGUUCAUGCCACAGCUGUGAACGCUCUGGAAGUAUCCAUUGCUCAUUUAGAUAAAGUAUCACUGAUGAAAGAGUUCAGCCACCAAUGGAGUCAACUGAGUGGCCAAGCUCUGCUGGAUGUCACAGAGCGUAUCACAGAGCUGGUGGAAGGGGUUCAUGCCAGGAGCCCUGAAGUCAUCCAGCGCUAUGCCCUGCCCGUGCUUUGGUCCUUGCUGGAGAACAAGGCGCUGCCUGUCCGAAGUGCCAAUGUCCGCAUGGUAGUCACCAGGCUCGCCUCUGCCCUCUACGAGGUGAUGGGCACCAAGCUGAAGAAGUGUGCUGCCAGCCAGCCCCCACAUGUGUGGGAAAAACUCUCCAGCAUUUUGGGCUGGUGA